AUGGAUAAAAUUGAUAAAUAUAGAAAUGAUAUAAGAGAUUCAAAAUUUUUUACUGAAAUAAAAGAAUCAUUAAAUGAUUAUAAAUUUAAUAGAAUAAGAUGUUUAGCUUUAGGUUCAAUUACUGAUAAUUCAAAUUCUAGAUAUCAAUAUGCAUUAUUAUUGGAAUUAAUAGAUUAUUUUGAAAUUAAAAUUGAGAUGGUAUCAAUAUAUGAUCCAAUUUUUAAUGAUAAAGAUAAAGAAAUAUUACGAGAUUUUGAAAUAGAAGAAAACUUUUCACACCCAAAAGAUGAAAGUACUUUAUUUUAUAUACCUCAUUUACCAUUAGAAAUAAUGGAACAAAUUGUGCAGAAGGAACAACCAGUUUAUUUCAUUGGAAAUGAUAUAAUAAGUCAUACGGAUAGAUUGAGUAAACAAAAAUUGAAUGAUUUGUAUCCAUCAAUGUCAAUUAUGGUUAAUUUAUUAAAUGAUAAAUCAAACAAUGAUGGUUUUACAAAAAUAAUUAAAAAUAGAAAACAAUUCAAAGAACCAGAAAUAGAAUAUGAUUCAAAUUCUGUUUAUUUUAAAAAAGUUGAAAUAAUACGUUAUAUAUAUAAUUUUAAUAAAAAUGAUAUUUGGGGUACAUCAUUUUCAGAUAUAGCAUUUCAUAAAUUAAUAAUAUAA